AUGUCGACCUCCAGCCAGACCAUCGAUGUCGAUGCCCUGCUCGACUUUUCUGCCUGUGAUGGCAGCUACAACUCGCCGUCGUUGUCACCCUCGACAGCCUCAAAGCCUACUUUCGCCAGUCCAGUCACAGCCGCCGUCAGCACUCCCAGCCUACCCUCAACAACUCAGACACUGAGUGGUCCUAGUCACAAUUAUGACAUGUACCGCCAGCAGACGGGAUUCGUGCCUGGCGCCCUGACAAACACCAUGGCCGUAAACCAGACCAACAAUACUGGUUAUCAGGACUUCGGUAGCCUAGACUAUCUCUCUAGUUUCAGCCCCGAGAAUGAUGUCUUUGAUUUCAACGCUUCACCCUCGCAGGCCACCAUGGAGAUGGAGUUCGAGUCCCCUGCUGACUCGCAGUUCUUUUCCACUGUGAACCCCAGCAGCAUCGAACACGACACUUCCGCUCUCUCUCAGACUAGCAGCGUUGGCCGUCUCUGGCCUGGUGCCCACUCGCAAGCCGCUCUCGCAAAGGCCCAGGCCCAGCAACGACAGCAGCAGCAGCUCAUCCAGCAGACUCAGCGCCAGACCCCUCCAAAGUCUCGCGGCAAGGCUCCUCAACCUACUGACCCCAUCGUCGAGCAGAAGAUUACUCAGCUCCUGAAUUCGAUGCGGGCCAGGCCUGCCUCCAAUGAGCCCGAGUCUCAGUCUGUCCUCAACAACCUGCCCAAGGCCAAGAAAGAUGAGGAGGAAAUGGAUGAGGAUGAGCGCCUUCUCGCCAGUGAGGAAGGCAAGAAGCUCAGCAGCAAGGAGCGACGACAACUUCGAAACAAGGUGUCCGCUCGUGCUUUCCGUUCACGCAGAAAGGGUAAGCUUUUUUCAUCUUGUCUUUUUACAUCCUACUUUGGCCAUUCGCUAACACCCGCUCCAGAAUACAUCUCCCAGCUUGAAGCUGAAAUUGCAAACAAGGUCAAUGAGAAUGGUGACCUGAGAUCACAGAACCGUGCCCUGAUGGAUGAGAACAAGCGACUGUCAGAUCUGACCCGCAUGCUUCUUUCGUCGCCGUCAUUCUCUACUUUUCUUGACAACCUCAGCGCCAACCCUACCGGACUCCCACAAGGCUCUCCUGUCAAAAUUGAGCAGAACCCGCAGCAGGAACAAAACCAGGUCCCGAAGGACGUCAACGCCUACAGCGGCCAAUUCUCCUCUCAGCAGCAAAUUGGAAUGGCCAUGAUCCCUGAGCAGACCAUGGACUUUUCACUUCUCAGCCUCGGUAACACUUACAACUUUCAGCCUCAAGUCUUUUUUGUGGACACUCCCGAAGUGCCCAAUGCCAUUGACGCUUCUGUCCUCUCCGGCAAGACCUCCAACUUUGUGGAGGAGUCUUAUAGCUCUGAUGAGGAGAAGGUCGAAGUGCCCUUUAUUGAGCGUCCUCUCGAGACAAAGGCUAUUGAGACAUCCGAGACUCCUGUUGAUGAGGAAUUUGAGUCUGACCCCGAAUUUGCCCUGUUCCACUCUGAACCUGCUACCACUACCGCAACGCCCAAGGACAUUGACACCGAAAACCUGACUGGUGUCGAUCUCUUUGGCGGCAUUGAGUCUGAGAAGAUGCUUGCACGUUACGAACUUGUCAAUGCUACGGAGGAAGAGGCCACUGCUGCUUUCGCCAUGGCCCGUGUCCAAAGAAUAAGUGCCAACAUUGACUCAGUUGUGUCAAGGUUAGCACUUCUGACCAUGGACUUAUAA